UCGGUCUAUUUAAAGAACAGAAAUUUCUGCUUCAAACAUCAAACACACUCAAAAUUUGGUAUUUUUGUAAUGAAAAUCUCUGCGAUGGGAAGGACAAGUGUGGUUUUAGGUUUAGCAGUGUGUCUCUUUUUCUCAAGCUUCCAUGAGGUUUCUUGCCAGGUCGAGGCAGGCUCAACGGAGUCUGGUGAAUUUCAAGAUAUGCCAACUAAUGUGGAUUAUACAAUCCAGCCUGAAGCUGUUGGUGGUCAUCAAGAAUUGGGUCAAAGUUCGAGUAUGGACGAUAUACAACGUGAACUUGAUGCCUAUUUCGGUGAUAAACAAGAUGGAUCUGAAUCUGACGGUGCCGGUAAAUUUGGUGAAUCUAAUGAUGCUGUUGGAAUUGAUGCUGAAAGACGGCAAAAGCUGGAAGAGAUUGAACAGCAACUGAAAGCGGCGGCUGCUACAAAAAUUGUUGUAGAAGAAGGAACCACAAGGAGAAAGAGUAAGGUGGAAACACAGGAGAUAGAAUUUGAAGGUGUGUCAAGUGCAUCAGCCGAGAGUAGUCAGCAGUCUAGCUCUUAUAACGGUUGGAAGAAAAGCAAUGGUGGCUCGGGGAUGUUGGGAUCUCUAGGAAUUUCACAGUCAGGUGCGUGGCGAUGUUUCAACCAAGACAGAAAUGGUGUUAAUGAAGAGGGGGACGCUUCCAUCGUUAUACCAAAGUAUGACAUAGAUGCCAUCAUCAAGGAAGAAUCCGUUUCCCAGGGCUCCAAGUCAAAGACCUCCAGUCUCAUAGCAUCUCUCACGGAAAUUGUUGAGAAGCAUAAGAAAGAAAAAUGGUCUUCUGGUGUAAGCGUAACCACAGGAUCUAGUUCUUCCACAGAAACAACAAAGACCGUUGAGAAGCUAAAAGUGACCUUGAAAAAGUAUCGUUCCAUAAGUGCGCGUGAGCUCGUGGCUCGUUCGGAUUUCGAGGAGAUACUGGCGAUUGCUGCACGCUAUGAGGAACUGAGCUCGGCCUCGGUAAGUUACAUUUCGAGGCUGUCCAUGUACAGAAGUCUGAUACAGGAAGGAAUCAAGGCCUCUCAGCGAGUUCAGCUUGCGCAGGCGCGUGCUAGAUUGCUCAAAGAAAUGGCUGCGGAGAAAAAGAAAAAUGUAGAGGCUGAGUUAGCAUUAGUCAAGGCUCUGGCUGAGAGAGGAGACUUGUUGUACGUCAAAAUAUUUGCGAUCAAGAAACUAGUGUUGAAACUUGAGGCCGAGAAGGAAGAAGUUGAUAUGAAUUUCCAGAAGACAGUUGUGAAUCUAUCACACGUUAUAGAGGAAUCUUCUAAAGCAUACGAGGAGUAUCAUGUGGUUGUGCGCAAGUGGAAAGAGGAACAAGCAGCUGAGGAGUUCUCGCGUGAGGCCAUUCAGAGCGCAGAGGAGGUUUGGGUUAAGUUUCUCGGUACUCUCUAGAGAAACAAGUCUUUUUGUUUUCUUCAUCUCUUUUAUAUUUCAUAUUUUCUCUCUUGUUUACGUUUUGUAGUUUCUUGUUAUUUUCCCUUUCAAAUACAAAGCUUCGUCGAGGAACUUCCUUGAUGUGAGCACCUUGUCAAACUCCUUUAUUCCUGGUUUUAUGUUUCCUAAAGAAUAAUAAAUUAACGUUAUUGAAAGA